GAAGAGAAAUUAAAAGUAGAAAAAUUAUUUCCAGGAGAAAAAUUGUUAGGAUUAAAUUAUUUUCAUUCUUACCGCAAAGAUGACACCAAAGGAUAUAUCGUUGAUGGCAGCGAUUUUAUUAAGGAAGGAGAAGGAACUGGUAUAGUUCACUUAGCGCCUGCUUUCGGAGCCGAAGAUUUUGCCGUAGCUAAAAAAGAAAAUUUAAUUAUUGAUUGCCCUCUUGAACCUAAUGGAAAUUUCAAUGAAAAAAUCGGAGUUCUAGAAUUAGUUGGCAAACAUUAUAUAGAAGUUAACAAAUAUGUUAUUACUGAUUUAGAAAAAAGGAAUUUAAUCGCAAAAAAAGAAGUAAUUAGCCAUAAUUAUCCCCAUGAUUGA